AACGCUUAUGUGUCAGAAUUGCACGAUUUGACAAACGUCGUAAUGUAUCCCUCCAUAUAGAUAAGCGUCCAGUUUCAAAUUUUAUUCGUUGUAUAUGAAAUUCUAUCGGGACAUUUAUUUUUAGUUUUUGUCACUUUUGUAAUUAAUAGUAGAGUAAGUCUUGAGUAUGUCGAAAUCUCAAGUAAAAGAGGAUUGGCGUGCUAGAAUUAAAGAUUUGCUAGUAUCGAAAUGCACACCAAUAUGUGAAACAACCAAAUCGGCGCAUACUUCACAACGAUACAGCUUAGAUUUUGAUUCAAAUUUCAAAAAUAUAUUAUUAAAAACGCCCCAAUUUGUUCAAAUAUGUGAAAAAGAGGAGCUUGGCUAUCAAGAUGUUAAUAAUGAUUUGAGUGUGCCUACUUUUAAAAACUCAGAGGAAAAGAAAAAUAAAGGUCUAGAAAAAGAAAAUAAAAGUACAAGAUUUGUGGAUUAUGCUAUGUGUUCAGGACAUGAGAAGUUAACUUUACAACACCCUACUCAUGAAAGUUUUGUGGGCGUAGAAAAUAUAUGUAACGACACUCCUGUAAUUACUCCUGAUAAUAGCUUGUUGCAACAUUUGCAAAAUAAACAAAAGGAUGAUGUAGUGGGAAAUGAUAAUAAAGUUUCCAAUGAGUUCUCUUCACUGACCACUGAAUGCAACCUAAAUAGCCUUCGUUUAGGUGAUAAUGAGACGUCAGCUUCAAAAAUAUUGCUUCGUUGUUCGGAGGAGAAUUUUUUUCAAAAUCAAUCUGAAAAUAUAGUUGCCAACUGUAAUUAUGGUCUUCAUAGUUUUCCACAUUCAACUAAAUGGGUAGACCCUCCCACAAAUAAACCUGAUGCAAUUGUAAAAGAUGAAUAUACAUCUGGUGUAGAAAAAAAGGAAGACCUAAAUGAUUCCAUAAUUGUGCUCUCAGAUGAUGGUGGAAGUUCAGAUGAUAACAAAGAAUAUAGAGAAUUGUUUAAAGAAGAAGUCAAAGAAGAAACCUGCAAUUUAGAGAAAAUAAUUUUUAAUUCAGAUAACAUUAAAAAUCCAUGUGAAAAUGAGAUCGAAGAAAAAGAAAAUUCUUGCACUAUUGACACUUCAUUCCAAAGAUCGUUUGAAUUUAAUGAUACUUUGGAAGAAGUCAAUCAUAUACUUGAACUCUUAGAACGAAAUGGAAAGUCAAAUGCAUUAAGUAACUCAAAUUUAAAUUUGGGUAACCCAAAAAUCUCUCCAAAACCACUUAAAAUCAGACAAAAUACUUUUACAAUAUCAUCUAAGAAAAAUUAUGUGGAGCCACCGAAACCAAUUAAAACUCCUUUGGUCAAAUUCACAAAAGUAAAUCGUGUAAAUACAAACAAUUCACCCAAAACAUCUGCAGCAUCAAAUACCAAGUCCAAAAUGUUUAAGACUCCGAAUACGAAACGUAUUGAAACUAAAGUGAACAAGCUUAGCAGCUCAAACAAUAAACAAUUUGCCCACAUCGUAAGUCCUAUUGGUACCUAUAUAAAAAAAAGUGGGACUACAUCACUCAUAUCCACUCAUAGUUUAAAAACACCAAACAAUAUGUGUAAUGCAGUUAAUCGUGAACUUGUAUUUGCUUCGCGUACAGGAACCAAGGAAGAAUCUAACAAUAUUCCUGUAGUUUCUCGUGCACUGCCUAAAAAAGCAUAUAUCUCUUCAGACUUAAAGCACUAUGUCGAUGAGCGUACACCAGUAACUAUUCCUGAAGUCAGCAAAGUGAAAAAUUACAUCGAUACUGCGAGGUUACCAGCUGUUCUUCGACAUGAUGGCAAAUAUAAAUUGCCAAUUAGUGGUAGAACCUUCGAUUCAAGUCCUAAAUCACCAUUUAUUAAGAAAGCAAAUGCUGGAACGUCUCAAAACUAUGCACACGCUAUCAAUGCUAGUUUGGCAAAUUUAUCUGUUACAACAGGAGAUGUAUCUUUAUACACGAUAAAAGAUGCCCAAAUACUAUAGUUUAUAGUUAACCUUAUCCUUUCUCUUUUAUUAGUUUUUUCUCAUAUUUGUUGAUCUUAAUACUUUUUUUACUUGUUUAUUUAUAUUUUUUUACAAUAAGUUUUUAUACAUUAUAAUCGCGUUAGUGUUUAUACAUCUAUUAUUUCUCAUUAAAACCUGGCAGGGGAAGAGACAUUACGUAGAAACUGGAGAGGAAAAUACCCCCGUUUUAUUGAAACAGUUACGCUCAAUAGCUAUAAUUUCCA